AUGAUAAAUGACACCCUGCUAUCAAAAAAUGUCCAAUCAUUACACGAAACCCAGUUCUUUUAUCAAUUAUUAGAAAAUACUUUGCAAAAUUUGGUUUCGUCGAAAAAUGUUAACAGUUUUCGAUACAAAGAGUGUAUCAUUCAUUGGUGUUUAUUACUUCGAUUUUAUGGUGGCUCUCUUUUGUGGAAUAUUUUGAAAGGAAAUUCUCCCGGUGAAACUAUAACAUCUGAAAACGCAUUGGAUAAGCUUAAUCUAUUACUUCCAUCUAUCUCAACAAUUAAGAGCUAUCUUCCAGACUUGUCUUUUGGUAACCUUGUCGACAGUGAUUUGAAAGAUAUUGUUAAAGCCAUGGCAUUGAAUAAUAUUAGUAAUAAGAUCAUAAUUUCAUAUGAUGAAAUAGAGAUUAGAGGAGGGUUAUGUGUGAUGAAAAGCACUGGAAAAGUAAUUGGAUUCACAAAUUGCAAUGAAAAGUCUUUUGAAGAUAUAUAUAACGCAAAAAGAGAAAUUACACCAGACGAUAUUGCUAGUCAUGUGUGCCAGUUUUUUGCAACAACUAUUGACGGUGAGAUGUCUUUUCCUAUUUGUUUUGGUGGUCACAAAUCAAACCAUUAUGAAUUUAUUACAAAGAAAAUGACAGAAAUUAGAGAUCAAUUCAAACGAACUUCUUAUGGAGAUUAUGUUUUAGAAGUGGUUGGAGGUUGUAGUGAUGGAUUAGCUGGUAAUUAUCAAUAUGCAACCUCUCAUACUAAUGAAAAUUAUGUUCACCUUUUUGAUUGGUCUCAUUUGCUCAAACGGUUGAGAAAUCGUUUAUUGAAAGGGGAUGAUUUGAUUAUUGAAAAAGAGAGUUUUUCUAUGAAUACAUUAUUGAAGGUUAGAAAUGAACCCCAACUGCGAGACUGGGUAUCGGAAAAUAUAAUUUACCCAGUCGACAUUAUGAAAAUGGAACCUGUUUUUGCAUUGAUAGAUUCUAAUGUUAUUAGUGGAAUUGAACAAAGCAAGCAAAUAGGAUGA